AUGCCGGCGUCACAAAUCAGUGCUCACAGAACUUACACAUGUGAGGAGCGAAAUACAAUGGUUUCAUGUGUUGGCUGCGGUGAGGUGGUAUCACGUAUAGAUAUGUAUGAACAUCUACGCAGUUCAUGCAGUGGAAGUCAAUUCCGAUGUGAACAGUGUGAACAGCUGUUUCUCACACCAGCGGAGUUUGCCAUGCAUACCACCAGUAUUGUAACAGGAUGUCCAUUAACAAUUAAACCGCAGCAAGAGACAACGGUGUUAACAACCCCACCACCAUUACUACCGCAACCACAGAAGGAUGAAGAAGAAGAAGAUAAAGAAGAAGAAAAGAAGAAGAAAAAGAAGAAGGAUGAACAUGAGAAGAGGGAGCGUGAAAAGAAAGAACAUGAAAAGAGAGAACAUGAGAAGAAGGAACAAGAGAAGAAGGAACAAGAGAAUAAAAAACAACGAGAGAAGAAGAAAAAGGAAAAACCACAACUACAUCCUUCAGCAUCCGCCACCUCCGCAAGUAUGAAUGUGGAUGUGAAUGAAUUAUCAACAGUAGAAAUAAAAAGAAGAGGAACAGGUGAAUCCGCUACAUCUAUACAUACACCAAAUGGAACACAUGCGACUAUUGGAGUAAUAGUCCCACCCACAGCAGAUGUACACCCAUCUAAAGAGGAGACAUUGGUGGAGAAGGUUCACCGUAUAGAUAGUAAACAUACCUUUUCACAGUCUAAAGAACAAAUGGAAAACAGUACUAGUCGUAGACGCAGCAGUCAACCCUUUCCUAUUCUUACAGAGGAGGAUUGUCUUCCAAAGGCCGUUGGUCGUAUCUCAGACAAUCGUUCAGGAUCACCAUACAGACAUCCUUCAAAGUUUAUGCAGGCUCAACAGAAAACUGUAUAUAAUCCAACAGCGGCAUUUAAAGAGAUGGAACGAAAUGGAUCUCAUUAUAUACAUACACCAAUGAGAGAAAGAAGACCACAAACACAACAACAACAACAAGGAAGAAGAGAAGCACAUUCAAGUGAACGCAGUCAAACAACUUCUUCACGUCUUAUCUCUUCUAUGCCAAUGACUCACUUGCAUAAACAAACACGUGAUCUCAUGAAGGAAUUGCAGGAACGACGUGAGGCUAUUCAAAACUCACGAAAGCGAUAUAAUAACAUUCUCUCUGCCUCAGCUCCACGCCUCGCCACUGCAGAACUACAAGCCAAACGAAAUGAACAACAUCAACAACAACAACAUCAACAACAACAACAACAUCAAGAAGAAGAGGGUUUGGGUUUUCACACUAGAGCUACACGCACGGCACAUGAUCCUGCACGAAAUGGUCUUCUCACACGACACAAAUCAUGUCCACCCGUUCGUUAUUUUUCCCCCAAUCGAUCACUCCCGUGUGAACCACAGAAAAAGAAUCAUUUAAAUCAUUCCAAUAAUGAGAAACUCGCUGAUGGCUUUGGGGUUUUACUGACAGUAACAACACCGCAGGAGAUAAAGGAAGGUGAAAAUGAUCGGUUCAACACAGCACAACGUCCAUCUAGACAAGUAUUGCGAAAAGCUUCUCCUUUACGUACUGCUGCUGGUGCUGUUGCUGUCGGUUCUGAUAAUAAUCGGCGUUCUCGAAGCUGCAAAGGACAAUCUGAAGUUCUUAAUCGACCCUCCAUGUCAUUUAAUGAGUUAAAGGCAGAAAGAGAACGUCUUGGUUUAAUGCGUAAGAAGACACAAGAGAAGAAAUUACAUACAUGUCCUCACACAUCUGCUAAUCCUCAUAUUGAUAAUCCUCCUCACAAACACUGCAAUGGUCAAAAUAGUCAAAAUGGGGUGAGUACAAAUGCGGCUACUCUUUCUACUGUUCACGAGAAACGGUUAAUGUCAUCCUCACAGCCAGCAGAACCAGUCAUAGCAAGAAGAAAAGGAACAACAAAUAUCUCACUUUGA